AUGCCACUCACCCUGGUCCACACCUACGCGGCGGACGCACGCCAGACCCGUUACCUCUUGCGAGACACUGACGAUGGCAGCAUCAGCUGGGGAUACUCGUAUGACCCAGUGUCCGAGAUCAAGAGCACUUCUCCCCAAGACCUCGGCACGCGCGGAAAUCUCGACCCGGACGCAUUCUGCACCAAACUCACCACAAGUAUGACACCAUAUCGCGCUCCUCUUGACAGCCCACUCAUCAUCAAACACCACAACUUCAUUCGGUAUGACCGCUUCGAAGACCCGACCAUGCAAACGCACAUCAAGGCCACGCAAGAGCGUGAGAUCUGGGCCGCAGAGAAGUAUAGAAGUGCACCACACCCCAACAUCUGCGAGUACAAGGGCGUCAUCACAGACGUGAAGGAGCGCGUGAUUGCCACAGUCUAUCGCCGCUACGACACCGACCUGUUCAACUUGAUAGAGGACUAA